GUAAAAUUGCCAACUCUAACAUCCAACUUGGUAAAAAUGAUUCGUUUCAUUUUGAUCCAAAAUCGGGCGGGAAAAACUCGACUGGCCAAAUGGUAUAUGAAUUUUGAUGAUGAGGAGAAGCAAAAGUUAAUUGAGGAAGUUCAUGCUUUGGUCACUGUCCGAGACGCUAAACACACAAAUUUUGUCGAGUUUCGCAACUUCAAGAUUGUCUACAGAAGAUAUGCUGGUUUAUAUUUCUGUAUUUGUGUGGACAUUCAAGAUAAUAAUUUGUACUAUUUGGAAGCAAUACAUAAUUUUGUGGAAGUCUUGAAUGAAUUUUUUCAUAAUGUUUGUGAGCUUGAUCUGGUUUUCAAUUUUUACAAGGUUUAUGCUGUUGUUGAUGAAAUGUUUCUUGCUGGAGAAAUUCGUGAGACAAGUCAAAGUAAAGUGUUGAAACAGUUACAAAUGCUGCAACAAUUAGAAUAAAUUAACAAAAACCAUGUAUAUUGCUGUAAGUUAGAAUAUUUACUGUGUAAUACAGCAAUGAUUCAAUACAAUAUUCCCAUUCUUAUGUGCAUGCAAAUUUAUCAAAUACCAAAGACACUUGUAAAAAACAUUACGUAUGUUCCUAAACAAACAAUUUUUGAUAAAGUAAUACUUGUAGCUGAAAAUCUCUGAAAUUUAUCGAUGGAUACAAUUCA